AUGGUAGAUUACGCGACCCUAUUCUCCAGCAACCUGCCCCGGGCGGUUGCCACGCCGCCGGGCGCCAGCGCGUCGGUGAAGUACGUCUUCUCCGUAACGAACGCCAUCCCGGAGGUCGUCGACUCCGAGGCCUACCUGUCGGCCAUCCGGUCCGGUCUGGACGCCGAUGGAGCCGGUUCGCUGGCAGGGUAUCCGCCGCCGGGCGGGCACGUGGGCCUGCGGGAACUGGUGGCCGAGCGGCUGGCCGCGAACCGUGGAUACGAGGCCUCACCGGGCGACGUGGUGAUCACGGACGGCGCCGGCGGGGCGAUCACCAGCCUGUUGGAAGCGUUCAUCGACCCGGGCGAUGCGGUGUUGGUGGAAGAGUUCACCUACAUGGGCAGCCUGCGCAUGAUGCUGGAACGGGGAGCCCAACCGAUCCACGUGGCGGGAGACGAGGACGGGAUGCUGCCCGAGGCGCUGGAGGAAGCCCUGGAGUCGCUGGAGCAGGCGGGGCGGCGGGCCAAGUUCAUCUGGACGAUCCCGGUGUUCCAGAACCCGUUGGGGUUCACGGUGUCCGAGGGGAGGCGACGGGCGAUUCUGUCGCUGGCGCAGCGGUACGGUGUUCCGAUCCUGGAGAACGAAUCUUACGCGGACUUCCGCAUCGAUGGCGAUCCACUUCCGCCGGCCAUGGCCGGGAUGAGCGACGAGGGAGAUGUCAUUUACGUGUCGUCGUUCACCAAGUUGUUGGGGUGCGGGCUGCGGGUCGGAUUUGGAGUGCUGCCUCCGGGCGUAAGGUCAGCGUUGCCACGGGCCAAUUCCGAGAACCUGCCGCGUCGGGGCGUCAGUCACCUGGCGACCAUGAUGGUCUACGAGUACAUGAGGAAGCACGAGGCGGAGCACAUCGAAACGGUCAGGCAGGCGCUGCUGACACGUCGGGACGCGUUGCUCGGCGCGUUGGAGGAAAACUUCCCGGCGUUCUGCGAGUGGACGCAUCCCCACGGCGGCAUGAUGGUAUUCGUGCGACUGCCGGAAGGGGCCGAUACGUGGUCCACGCUGGAGAAAGCGACGGAGCGGGACGUGAAAUACAACCCCGGCGGAGUGUUCCGGGCGGACCGGGGACGCAGCAACUACCUUCGGCUCACCUAUAGCCACAACUCGCCGGCCGAGAUACGGGAAGGCGUGGGGAGGCUGGCCGAGCUAUUCAGAGAAGAGGGUUAUUUCGAGGGCUAG